AUGCAGCGGGUAGGGAGUGGCCUCUCCAACGAGAAGGUGGUGGCGUCCCGGCGUCCAAGCGUAGCUCUUGUCUAACAGAAUCCUGUGGUCAGGCUGCCAGUGCGGCUGCUCAGCAAUGAUCCCACAGCUGUGGAGGAUGACCAAGCAAAAAGCAGCUUCCAAUUGAAGGUGGAUACCCAUGGCUUCAACCGAGAGCUGGAGGUGCGGGUCAAUAAGGGGUGCCUGAUGGUGACAGGUCAGCAGCACCUGGAGAGCUGCGGCCCAGACGGGGGAGGCUUUUGCAUGGCACGAAAAGUGCACCAGCAAAUGCAACUACCACCUGACCUCGAUCCAGCCACCAUGACCUGCUGCCUGACACCCUACGGCCAACUGUGUGUCCGAAGCCAUUGCGGGGCUCUACCCCCCCCUCCGGAAGUCGAGACAGGACCACCUUCCAGACUCGGGGGCCGCAGCUCUAAGAGCUACAACCUAGCCUGA